GUACUUGUUCUUCCCGCAAGACAAACCGACCUCCAUAACUGCCGAUUGAUUCCGUACAGAACACACACAGAGGUUGUGGAGGUCUGAGUAAUCGGAGCUAGAUCCGGCGAUCCCAUGGCGGGUCACAGAGUUCAUCUUCUAUGGAUCUCUUUGCUUGCUCUGUUCUCCGUUCACGUCCACUGCUUCUACCUCCCCGGUGUCGCUCCGGAGGAUUUCCAAAAGGGGGAUCAAUUAUUUGUGAAAGUGAAUAAACUGACCUCAACAAAAACACAACUUCCUUAUUCCU